AUAACAAUAGUCUGUGACAUGCUUUCAACUGUAACUCUGGCCAAAUUUAACUAGAAAUGGAUUUCAACACUGUCUUGCAAUGCAUCAUUUUAAUCAUAGUAGAACCAGGUGGCCUCUUCACUGAAUGUGACACACCUUCCAACCUUUUAAAAAUGGAAGCAGAUGGUGUUUUUAAAACAGAUAUAGCCUGGACCCAGCACAGAGACCUCCAGGGUGUAGAGUUUAAUUAUUCCAAAAAAAAAAAAAAAAAAGCUCAGUUGAAACCAGAUUUUGUCCAUCCUUGAACAAGGCCAUAAGCUGAAAGCUUAAACUUGGAGAGGACAACUACAAUUUUUUGCCCUUCAUCAUCUUUGAGUAGCAGUCUUCUUCAGCCAGACAUCCGCAUCAACAGCGUAAAAUUCUCCAUAUAGGCUAAUAUAGCAAACCUCCAUUGUUCUUUUUCCUGCAGGCUCAUUGAACUGGAGUUACAGAUAAGAAGUCUCAAGGGAGGGAAAGCUUGAAAUGGGAGCCACUCAACCGCACACCUGCCUUGAGUUCCUUCAGACGUCUUUUACUGAGGAUCCUCUGUCCUGUGUGACCCCCUGACACAGAGAGGAUGGUGAUGGAGGAGGGGGGUCAGAGAGACAGAGGGAGGGGGAUCCAAACCAUGGCAGGAGCAGAGGGGAGGCAGAUCUUUGUAGAGCUUGCGGAGCAGAACUUUGAUGCCAUUUGUCUUUCUACAUAUCGAACAGCCUGCAAGCUCAGAUUUAUACAGAAGAGAUGCAACCUGCAUCUGCUUGACAUAUACCAUGUGAUCGAGGCGGUACGGGAUGCUGGUCUAAACGCUGUGGAGCUGAACGCUGGCAUCUCCGUGAUCAGACUGGAGAACCUUGUGUCCUCCCUGUUCAACCAGCUCAGCAAACGCCUGCCCACCACACACACCAUCAACCCACAAGAGAGCACUGUCCUGUUGGUUGAAUUCAUACUGGCUGCAGUAGACAGUGAACCAGAAAGCCGCUUGACGGUUCUUUCUGUGAAGGCGAUGCUGGCGACACUGUGUGGAGGGAAACUGGUAGAUAAACUUCGCUAUGUGUUUUCUCAGGUAUCUGACAGCAGUGGUGUGUUGGUACAAUCAAAGUUUGACAGUUUUCUGAGGGAGGCUCUCAAGCUGCCCACUGCUGUACAUGAAGGACCGUCCUUUGGCUACACACACACUUUAGCACGCUCCUGCUUUCCACAACAUAAGAGGGUGAUGCUCAACAUGUUCCUGGACAUUAUAGCUGACCCUCCUCAAUGUCUUGUCUGGCUGCCUCUGAUGCACCGCCUGGCCAAUGUGGAGAAUGUUUAUCAUCCCGUGUCAUGCUCCUACUGUCGUGGCAAUGGUAUGACAGGCUUCCGCUAUCGCUGCCUGCGUUGCCGUGGUUACCAGCUUUGCCAGAACUGCUUCUGGCGCGGCAAUGCCAGUGGCUCUCAUAGCAACCAGCAUCAGAUGAAGGAGCACUCAUCCUGGAAGUCGCCGGCGACAAAACUUGGAAGGGCCCUGAGCAGGACUCUGGGUUGUGUAUCCUCCAGGGAGGCCCCCCACCCAAUAUACCCAGAGGAGCCAGAGAGGACCCUUAACCUCUCCAACAUAGUCCCCUCGAGACCUAUUGGAAACCCCAGCGAGGCCAUGUUGCUGUCCUCACCACCGCCCGAGUCCUCCAAGAGUUUGUCAGCAGCUCAGCGUAUGAACGAGGAACACGCUCUGAUUGCUGCAUAUGUGAAUCGCCUCCAGAGCAGCCCACGUGGUGUGGACAGUCCCAGCAGGCAAGAUGAAGAGCACAAACUUAUCGCUCGCUACACUUCCCGACUGGCAGAGACUGACGGCACAGCAGUGAUACCAACCAGAAGCAUCAACUUCGACAUUAAUAAACAGAAGAGGGAGCUCAUUGCUCAGUUGGAGUGUAAAAACAGAGAGAUCUUGGCAGAGAUCAAGCGCCUCCGUGCAGAGCAUGACGCGGCGUGCCAGCCCAGCCCAGAGAAGGGUACCACUAACCCAACUCUGCUGGCCGAGCUUCGCUUGCUCAGGCAGAGGAAAGAUGAACUGGAGCAAAGGAUGUCGUCUCUUCAGGAGAGCAGGAGGGAGCUGAUGGUGCAGCUGGAAGGACUGAUGAAGCUGCUCAAGGAUGAGGAGCAGCGACAGGCAGCGCAGGCGGCCGGCUCCUCUCAUGCCUCUCCAUCUCGGCCGAGCCCAUCAACUGUCCGCUCUGUAGGUGCUACAUCUCCUCAGGCUCACAUAUAUCCUCCUCAAGACUCCCUUGCCGGGGUGGGUGGUGAUGUACAAGAGGCUUUUGCUCAAGGCCCGAGAAGAAACUUGAGAAAUGACCUUCUGGUAGCAGCUGACUCCAUCACCAACACUGUGUCCUCACUGGUCAAAGAGCUCCACUCUGAUGAUGGUCGAGAGGAGGAGGAGAGAUUGCUGAAUGGGAAAGACAGAGACAGAGUGAUGUUUCAUCACGGCCAAAGAAGACUGACUGAAUAUAUGUUCUAAUAUUCGUUGUUAGCUGUCGGGGAAUUAGGACUCCAAUCAACCAAUCACGAUGCUGGACACCAAAUGACCGCUGGGUCCCUACUGAUGUAUAGCUGUGAUUCUGUAUGUGUCUUGCCACUGUGGUUUUUCAUUUGUUUAGAUUUGAUCAUACAUAGCUAAAUAAGGAAUCUGAAACCUACUGAUUUGUACUGUAGCAUGUGUGUGUGCUCUGCUUUUUUUGAGGUGCGAGAGAUUUGAGUAAGUGAAGGGGAUGCCAUGAAGAGAAAGGAAGAAGUGUUUGCGAAAGAUGUAAGUGCAGGAAAGUUUCAGGAUCAGGAAGGAGAAACUGUAUGUAACCAUAUUUGCAAGGAAAUAAGGGCAGGACAAAACAAAAAGUCAAAAAGACGAGAGGUGAGCUAUAAAGUUUUAUGUUUCGGCACUGUGUGCUUACUAUUUAUUGAUUUGAUUUGAUUUUUGCCAUUUAUUCAUUCGGUUUGAGUGUUUUUGUGUAUGUUAGUGUAGUCAGGCCCUGCUGAGACAAUAAGCUUUAAUGGGACGUUUUCUGCUGCAUCAAGCCAAGCUGCCCUACAGGGCUGAGGUAACACAGGGUGGAGAGGUGAGGUCCCAAUCCUGGUGUCUGAAACAGACUGUAUUUAAAGAUUGAGGACAUCCCAACACUUUUUUCCCUCCAUACAAAACUGGAGCCAAAAAUGUUGUGGAAAUGGGUGCUGUCUAGCUAUCUACAUAUCAACUAACCACCCACCACCACCACCUCUAUUUCUCCUCCUCCCAUCACUAUUAUGUCGAACGAUUUCAUAGAACGUGACCAGUGCAAGAUGGCAGUAGGCAUUUCAAAGAUAUUUUGGCUUCACUUUUGGGGAACUGUGUGUGACGAUAGCAGCUCAGGUUAUCCAGGCUUCUUUGUGUGUCCCGGUACUGCCAUGGGACAACAGUCAAAGAGGAGGUAUCUGAUAUCUGUGCUGUUAGUUGUGUGUGGCUGCAUGUGUGUGUGUGUAUAGCUUCAGCAGGGUCAGUUUAACAAAAGUGUAGUAAAGCUGGAAAAGUGUACCUCACAUUUGGUGCAAGAGCUGGGAUCAGAGAGAUUCACCAGAUGUCAAGAUAAAUCUUAGAAAAAACAAAGAGUGAACAUGAUUACCUGACCUCUCGCUAAUUCUUCAUUCUUUUGUUAAAAAAGGAUACCUUCAAUUUUCAGGACAGGAUCAGUGUAACGGUUACAAAUGCUUUAUCUCAAGACAUCACAAGUCACCAAGUUUGGAAAACCUCACCGUUUGGUUUAUUUUGUCCAAGUUUUACAAUACAGAUUUUUUUUCUCAAAGAAUGUUACAUCCAUCUGCACAGGGUGAAGAGAAUUUGCUUUGUGAUGCUCACAACUCUGAAACAUGAAGGAAAAAACAAUGUUUCUGUUCUUCUCUAUUAUCCACAAAGCACAUGGUGAGGUUUUUUUAUAUGACAGAAAUAGUUUUGUCUCGUGGUUUGGGUGAUCAUUCAGGAAAAACAAUUCUUAGUUAACUUCAUUAAAUUACGGCGGUACAUUAUUUUAUUUUGUUCUCGCUAUUUAAAUGUUUCUAGGAAAUUGUGAUGUGCUUGUCAUGCCAAUUUCUGAAGAUAGAGUACCCAUGAGCCUCAGCGGUCAUUGCUGUGGUGAAAAAGACACUUAGAUGCUUGAAGCAAAACUGUAGCAUAUGUAAAUCUGGAGCAACACACAGAACUGCUGUUGCAGAAUUGAUCCAAAAUUGAUCCAGAAUUGAACUGACUGGGUGUUUCUUAAGGCAGUGCUGCUUGGGAGUUGUAGUUGAUCUUUCUCUCUUUUUUUCUUGUUUUUUUUGUUUUUGUUUUUAACUUUUAAAGGCUAACAAUAUGAUUCAAAUAAUAUUCUGUUGUACAUCCAAACCUACUAUUGUUUAAAUAAACAAUAGACAAAGCCAAAAUACUGCCCAAAAUGCCUCCUCACACUUUGCUACGCUCUGCUGCCUUUCAAGCUUCCUCUAAAAUGCAGGGGAUUGUGUGAAAUGAAGUUAUGUAGAUGUUGAACAUCACCCAGCAACCCAAAAGUCAGACUGAUUUCUGUUUGUAAAUCCAACAUGACCCAAAGUUACUUUUUUGGUUUAAUUUAGCAGCUGGGAAAUACAUUUGUUUUUCAACAUUCUUUCUGUUUUUUUCUUUACUGUUUUUUACAUUUGUGGACCGGUUUGGUUCAGUUUUCACCAGCCAUCUGUGGUAUUUGACUGACUGCUUGCCACAGGAUUAUCACAUUUUCAGCCUGCUGAAUAGUUGACUGACUGUAUGAGUGGUUUAUUAAAUGAAUGAACUCGUGUUUGGGUGGGUUUGUGUAAAAACAAGCGAGUGAGAGAAAUGAAGUCUGACAGGACAGAUGCGUCCUGACAUGAAGCUGUAAACACCUUGAGCUCUGAACCUGCUGGAGCUGACGGUGUGAGUGACAAGUGUGGAUCUGUGUUUCAUCUGCAAUAAAUAAUAUUGAACAGCAA